UUACGCAUGCAUGGCAACGAGCAAUAAAGACGGCACACCCUCGAGGUAGGAACUCUAAUCCAACCCUCCUCCUCCGGGAGAUUCAAGUCAAUCCUUCACACAACUUCUUACGGCAGCCCAUAUUGCAUCACCACAGUUCGCCAUGGCCAACAUCGUCUUCACGACCCUGGGCUGGGUUUAUAUUGUCAUCGAUAUAGUAUGGACGGUCCUUUUGGUGUGUGGAUUGGUUUUUCUCCACCAUCACAGGCGGCUUCCCUUCCUGCAGAUCCGAAAGCUUCCGCUGGUGUUCACGGCCGUUAUCAAUCUUCAUAUCUAUGGCGCCGUUUGCAUGUUGGGCCUCACGGUCGGUCAGGUAGUCCCAUGUGAUGCUCAGUUCUGGAUCAUGAGCAUUUACCUUCCUUUCGGAAUGGCCCUACUUCAAGCCGCCAACAGCCAGUUUCUCCAUAUCGCCAGUCAGCAAAAGAAAUUUGCCCAGUUCAACAACCUCGAAGAGCAUGGCAUGUCUGAGAAAUCCCGAACUAUCGAUCCUUCAUUGCCCUUGUGGAAGAAAAAUAUUGAGAAGCUCAAGAGACUGGAUAAGGUUACAAAAAUUCUGGUUUUCAUUGGUAUCGGAAUGUUGAUUGAGUUGGCUCUCACGUUCCUCAUUUACUUUGGCAGCGAAAUCUUUCACCCGGGCUACGGCCUGUUCAAUGUCAAGGUGCCUGGUACAGAGCAGCAGCGUGCCGCUGUAUGCUUCCAAGGCUGGGAAUGGUGGCUAUCUAUUACUUGGCAAUUCUUCUGGGCAUGGUUCUACGCUCCAUACAUGCUAUGGAAGACCCGCAACAUCGAGGAUACAAACGGCUGGCGCAUCGCUACCAUCGGUUGCUGUAUUGCUGGACUGCCUGCUACACCACUCUGGCUAGUCGGCUUAUAUGUUCCCUCAUUUGCACCACUUAAUGCCGUCUUCAUCCCGCCUCAGUGGUUCUCUGUAUCAAUCUUCUUUAUCGAAAUCUUCACAAUUGGGUUUCCGUGCUGGCAGGUCAUCAAGACCCACAACCUCAAGCAAGAGACACUGGAUGCCAUCACCGCUUGGGAACGUCAACGAGGUGUUACCGACAACCCCGAUAUCAUGUCGCAAAAAAGUGCUGGUAUGGCUAGCUCAACUCUGGCUGCCUCCUCACUCGCCGGCAAGAGUGCAAAGUCCAAGGAGUCGGCCAGCAGCACAUCGAGCAAUUCUUCCUACACCAUGGCAGCUCUGGAGAAUGUUCUGCGCAGCAACCCCCAACCACUGCUGGAGUUCGCUGCUUUGAAGGAUUUCUCGGGAGAGAACAUCAGUUUCCUCUCUCACGUAACCGACUGGAAGCAGUCCUGCGCCAUGUUGAAGGUCGGGCCUAACGAGCGCUACGAUCAAUUUAUUCGCGCUGUCCGUAUCUACUCCCAUUUCAUCAGCCUCGAAUACUCAGACUUCCCCAUAAACAUCUCAUCGCGCGUCGGAAAGGUCAUGCAUCAGAUGUUCGCCACAGCCUCUCAACAGCUCAACAGCAGAAGAGGAUCUCAAACUUCGGCGACACCCUUUGGCGAUGUGCCAUCCGACUCGUCGACGGCCGACCUGCAUGCUGGUUUUGCCGGUACCGACACCCUACAGGAUACCCUCGGAAAGGCAAAUCUUGCAGCCGUGACACAAAUGACCAACCUCAAUACCGACGGCCAGCUCGACAUGCCCAUUCCCUCUGCAUUCAACACGGAUGUCUUCAACGAGGCAGAGAAGGAGAUCAAGUACCUCGUGCUGACCAACACAUGGCCGAAAUUCGUGCAGUCCCAUGAGAGCAUUCUCAAAACUGUCGGCAAGGAUGAAAAGCACAUGUUAGAUGGCGCGAGGAAAUACUUUUGUGGGUUGGAGAGGCUUGUAUAGAAGGAAUACUAGGAGUUUUGCGAUACCCAAAUACCAGAUACCCAGAUUGUUUGCAAAUAUUUCGUUGAUAUUUAUCAUCGUUGGU